UUGAGUGGGAAUCAUUUAUUUGAGCUCUGUGUCGGUCGCUUGUAAUCAGUUGAUCGUCGAAUUUGGAUCGCGAAGUUUGCGUUUGGCCCCAACCAUAAUAUUUGGUUUGAGAUUUCUUUCAUUUUUCUUCGUUUAUAUUAACAAACGGUUCAUUUUUGGUGCUUGAGAAUAGUGCAAGAAUAAAAAAGAAGAAAAUGCUCAAAUACGUCGUGAAUAUUUGUUUAAUCACAUUUUUUGUCGUUCAUUUGGUCAACGCUGACGCAGUAAAACAAAAUCGACGCACUAAACGACUUGGAACGGGCGGUCGCAACGCAACAAAUAAAUUCAAAAAAGAAAUAUGGAAACAAGAUGUUGGUGAUUUAUUUCAAAUUGCACCGUCAACGCAAGGCAUUCAAAAUGUGCAUUUAAAAUGUGGCUCAAACUCUAUGUUUGUCAAAUUAGAAACCGAUUCGGAUUUCAUGGGAGUCAUGUAUGCCAAAGGUAGUUUCUAUGAUCAAGCCAAUUCGCCAUGCUUUGUGCAAUCGAAAAAGAAUCGUGGCAUUCGAAAUCUGUCGAUGCGUUUUACAUUCGAUCAGUGCAAUACAAAACACGAAGGAAACGUUUUCACCAAUACGAUUAUUGUGCAAAAUGAUCCGGAAUUGGUGACACCAGGCGAUGCUGCAUUUGCAUUACAAUGCGAUUUCCGAAAGCCAAGAGGCUUGAAUGUUGAAGCCAACUAUGAAACCAACAAUGACAGAGUGGCGUCAGGAGCACGAAUUAUUUUAACAAGCCCAGAUCCCACCAGUGAUAAUGCACCUCCAGACACUGAACACGAAAACACAAUCUUUAGCGAAACCGAUACAGAUACAGUCACAUUCACUUCACAUGACAAACAAACGGCAUCGAAUGACGCACCAUCGUCUGAUUCGACGAAUUCAGUCGAUACCGAUGAAUCAGCGUCGUCGUCAGUUGAAUCUCAUCCGCAGAAAGUAAAAAUCACCAUCGAUUCAGUGCCACCGUAUGCGAACGAUAUAAAAACUGAAUCGACUAAUCACAUCGAUAUCGAAGAAAGUGAAAGAGAUUCGAUUGAACACGCGCACGAUUUGAACAAAGAAAUGAGUAAAGAAGAAAAAGAAGAAGCUGGAGAUGGAGAAGAAAAACAUGUGAAAAACGAUGAACUUUGAAUUGAUCCAAAACAAAUCACACGUUGAUACAUGCAUUUAUCAUUCUCACAAUUAACGACUUGAUAAAACGAAAACGAAAACAAAACCAUAUGUGAAAUCAUCCAAAUUAUCCAAUAAGAUUAAAUUAUUCUCGCAUUUUUUUUCUGCAAUAUAAUUUUACCUUCAAUUCUCAGGCGACCGUCCGAAGACCAUGGCGGACCCCGUGCUUAUGACGAUAUUAUUUACUAAGCGAUUCGGUUUUGAUUUUCUUUCAUUUCUUUCUGUUUCAAUUGUGUAAAAUGGCAAUAAAACAAACAAAAAACCAACACAUCACAAGUAAAUUAAGAGAACUAAUUUAUAGAACGAAAUUUCGUGUAUAAGAAACUAUUGUUAAUGUGUAAAGGCAAAAUGUAUCGAUAAUGUAAUGAGUUGUAAUGAAAAUGAAACCUGUUGAAUAAAAAAACGAUAAAUUUGAAGAAAAAAAAACGAAAAAAAAGAAAAAGU